AGAAGCCUCUCUAGCCUUCACUCUCCUCGGCGACUCGGCCUCGCUGGUGGAAAGGGAGGGGGUUGGUUCCCUCCAAGAUGGCGGCGCAGAGGAGGAGCCUGCUGCAGAGUGAGCAGCAGCCCAGUUGGACCGACGACCUGCCUCUCUGCCAGCUGUCUGGGGUCGGCUCUGCGCCAAACCGAACCUACUCCGCCGACGGCAAGGGCACUGAGAGCCACCCGUUGGAGGAUAACUGGCUCAAGUUCAGGAGCGAGAACAACUGCUUCCUCUACGGAGUCUUCAACGGCUACGAUGGCAACCGGGUGGCCAGCUUUGUGGGCCAGAGGCUGUCGGCGGAGCUGCUGCUGGGCCAGCUGAACGCUGACCACAGUGAGGCCGACGUGAGGCGCGUGCUGCUCCAGGCCUUUGAUGUUGUGGAAAGGAGCUUUCUGGAGUCCAUCGAUGAUGGCUUGGCAGAGAAGGCGAGCCUCCAGUCGCAGCUGCCGGAGGGCGUCCCUCACCACCAGCUGCCUCCUCAGUACCAGAAGAUCUUGGAAAGGCUGAAGGUGCUGGAGAGAGAGAUCUCCGGCGGCGCCAUGGCCGUGGUGGCCCUCAUUCUCAGCAACAAGCUCUACAUCGCCAACAUUGGUACAAACCGAGCGCUCCUCUGCAAGGCCACCGGGGACGGGCUGCAGGUGACACAGCUGAGCGCCGACCACACUCCCGAGAACGAGGACGAGCUCUUCCGCCUGUCGCAGCUGGGUUUGGAUGCGGGGAAAAUCAAGCAGGUGGGGACCAUUGGUGGCCAGGAGAGUACCCGCCGGAUCGGGGAUUACAAGGUCAAAUACGGCUACAGUGACAUCGAAUUGCUCAGCGCUGCCAAGGCGAAGCCCAUUAUUGCCGAGCCAGAGAUCCACGGAGGGCAGCCCCUGGAGGGCGUGACGGGCUUCCUGGUGCUGAUGUCAGAGGGGCUCUACAAGGCCCUGGAGGCGGCCCACGGGCCGGGGCAGGCCAAUCAGGAGAUCGCGGCGAUGAUUGACACGGAGUUUGCCAAGCAGACCUCCCUGGAUGCCGUGGCCCAGGCCGUGGUGGACCGCGUGAAGCGCAUCCACGGAGACACCUUCGCCAGCGGCGGGGAACGGUCGGCGCUCUGCCCGCAGCAUGAGGACAUGACGCUGCUGGUGAGGAACUUUGGGUACUCCCUGGGCGAGAUGAGCCAGCCCACCCUGACCCCGGCCCAAGGAGGACGCGUGUACCCCGUCUCGGUGCCGUACUCCAGUGCCCAGAGCACCAGCAAGACCAGCGUGACGCUCUCCCUGGUUAUGCCCUCCCAGGGCCAGAUGGUCAACGGCGCCCACAGCGCUUCCACGCUGGACGAGGUCACGCCCACCCUCACCAACCAGAGCCCAACCAUGACCCUGCAGUCCACCAACACCCACACCCAGAGCAGCAGCUCCAGCUCCGACGGGGGGCUUUUCCGCACCCGCUCCUCCCACUCCCUGCAGCCCGACGAGGACGGGCGCGUGGAGCCUUACGUAGACUUUGCAGAGUUUUACCGCCUCUGGAACAUGGACCACGGGGAGCAGGGCGCCCUUCCGGUGUCCUAGCACUGCCUAGGGAUGAACGGCUGAGGGCCCGGUGCCCCUCCCUGGCCCCCACCCCGGGGGGCCCUCGCCAGGCCCUCCUCCCCAAGCCUUGCCCUUCCCUUGUGAAGCCGGGCCCUUGUCUCAGGGCCCACCGAAGGGCUCUGUGGGCUCUCCCGGCCCCGAGGCCCCGGGCAGAGGCUGGGCAUGGGCAGCAGGAGCCGGCCCAGCCCCUUCCAAUAAACUAGCUUGUAUCACCUCCCGCUCGUGUGCUCUGGCUCAGCCCCUCCCGGGCCGCCCCACUCCCCAGGAAAGCCGGCUGUGCCUGGGGUUUUAUCCGCCCAAGGCAGCUCUCCACCCAGGCCCAGGUCAGUCUGCUCGGGGUCAGUCUUCACUUCCAGGGGCCGGGGGAGACAGGUCCGCCCUGGGGUGCUGGGAGAGGAAGCCGGGAACACUGGCAACAAUGAGGGACAGGAACAGCCAGAACCGGCCUCAGGACAGUGACCAGGGGCAGUGACCGGGUGGUUCUCGGACAUCCCCCUCCCUGCCCUCUCACAUCUGUCCUGGCCAGGGCUGUGGGCUCCGCCCUGCAGCAGACCCUCCCACCACCUCCCCUCUCUGCUCAGGAACCCUCCGUGGCUCCCUAGUGCCCCCGCGUGCAGCCCCUGGCUCCCAUUAACCAUCAGACUGGCCUUCGGCCGGGCAUCCCCAGCUCCAUGUUCCGCGCAGGCUGCUCCUUCCGCAGACCUCUCAGUCCCUGCCCGUCUCACCUGCCGCGGGCACGGCCUCUCGCCCGCUGGAGAUAAGCCUCGGGAAGCCUCGUGCCCUGGCACUGAGCUGGGUCCUUUCUCUGGCCCACUGACGUGACUUUAGUGUGGAGCAGUUUUUGAAAAAACGUUUCUCCUUUUAAGUUGUGUUUUCUCCCUCCGUCCCCGGCCGUCCCCCACUGAGCUAACAGGAAACACGACUCCGUUGUGCAGACGGUCACGGGAGCAUUUCCGCUGGGCUUUGUGGGACCCUCCCUGACGGGCCCUUGUGUGCUCAAACCCCUCCCCCGCCCCUUCCUGGGGCGUGUGAGUCUCCUCAUCCACCAUCUUCCCAGUUACAGUGUGUUCUUACAGAAGACACAGUUUUGACCCUGAGCGCUCCCGAAAGCUCCUGAGGGCUACACGUGCAGGGAGCGUCCUGCAAGGUGGGUGGGGAGGGGGCCCCGGGCCUGGCUCCAGCACUGAGAGGCCCUCUACCGUGGGAGCUGGCGGCCCUAGGGCCUGGUACCACCCAGGAAGCCCACAGGCGUCCGCAGUGAUGGAGGCGGGGGAGAAUCUCCCCUCGGCCUCUUCCCCCUGGGGGUCCUUUCCCCCAAACACUCAGUCGGGAGGGCGGGGAGCGCUCGCCCUGGCCUGUCUCCCCCCUGGGAGCCCGCAGACUUGGCCGUGUCCCGAGGGGUGCCCUGGGCAGGUGGGCACGGCCCCCGAGGCCCGAUCCCUUCUCUUUUGGAAAGCAGGAGGCGCUUUCCUGUAGCUGGGGUCACAGUAUUUUUCGCGACAGUCGCGGACCCCAGCUCUGUGCGAGGUCGUUUCCAGCUUUCUGUGCUGUGGCCUGCGUUGUGCCAUGGGGACAGCUAGGGUCUCCCUGUCUCCCCGGCACUUGCCUGCAGUGCGAGCCUGGCUGCUAACGCUAGCAGUUGCCUCAGUUUCCUCAUCUGCAGAAGGAGCUGGAGAAGGCGAGGGUUGGGGGGGGAGGCACACCGGGAGAGCAGCAGGGCGUGGUGGUUGCGCUUUCCCAGUUAGGCUGAGUGUGAUUUGGGCCGCACCGGCACGUUCUGUGGCUGCUUCCGGCCGCUGUGCCCGGGGCCCCUCCCAGGCCCUGAGCUCGGGUUCUAAGGGUCUUCCCCACUCUGGCCCCCGCGGCAGCUGCUCUGAAUGAGGCUGGGCAUGACCCACUGGGGGGAGGACAAAGGUUAAAGCCCCAAAUCCCAGCUGACCCACUCCCAUGCUCCCUGGGAGACCUGGAAGCUGGCAAGGCCCCGGCGGCGUUGUGAACCUCCUGAGAGACCACUUCCUGCUGUGCUGUCCCCUCCCGGGGGUCCCGGGCAGGCUCCCAGAAGCCCUCCGUCCGGCCUCCUGUCGUGUUCCGUGUACCUCCUACAGGUGCCGGGACCAGGGGAGGGGGCGCAGAGUCAGACCACCUGGGGAGGGCGUCACAGGCCGCCCGAGGCCCGCUGCAUCCCCCCCCCCCCAUCCCUGCCCAGAAAGCUUCACGGUCUCCUGAACGUGGGAGCCGCCUCCAGUGACCGACGAGUGGACGCACCGCUGGAGGAACGGACCCGGGCUAAAGGAAACGGCCCUGGCAGCUCCAGGGAAGCUGGUUCGCGGUCCCCCUCGGAGAGAGGGGCAAAGUCUCAUUUAUCCAAAGGCAAGAAGCUUUUCCUGGGACAUCCCGCUGGCGAUGAGGACGGCCCCUGGACGCUACCCGGAGCAGGGCAUGUUCACUCGAUGGUCUCGCCGCAGAUUUAACUUUGCAUCGAGUCUUUCACAUUGGAAGGGCCCGAGUCCCGCCCUGGACUCUUCCUGUGCUCAAAUCCAGCCUGAGCAGCUGUGAGACUCACUUCCCUGAUCUGCGAAACGCUGCAGAGGGAAGACUGCCAAGCAAACCACAAUGGAGCCACCAAGAGCCCGUAACAACUGAAGGACGACGUUUUAGUUUAUUUUAUCACCUGUUUCCAAAUUCUGUUUUAAUCCGGGUCGGAGCUGCACUCAGCGCCUCUGGCGUCGGGGACGGUACCUUGGACUUUGUGUUAGGAAGACUUCAGUUUGAGUUCUUUCAGACAAUUACGACCUGUGCGACCUGGGGCAGGUCAUUCCGCUUUUCUUCCUGUUGUCUUGACCCGGAGUCUAGCCCUGCUAAGGUUGGAAAGUUGCAGAGUCCGGUCUCAGGCCCACAUCAGGAAAAGCUCCUGAAAAAGCAUUCCUCUCCCCAAGAGGAACGGAAGUCCUCCUUAAUCACCCCUGUGCCCCACUACGAGGCCUUGGGGCUCACCUUGAAGGCCUGGGCCAGUGUUCCUUCUCACAGACCGGAUAAAAUGGACUUGAAGUCAAAGAAAGAACUGAGUUCAAAUUCUGCCUUGGACACAUGCCAACUGUGUGACCCUAGGCAAGUCACUUGAUAUUUGUAAAAUGGGGAUAAUAAUUGUAUCUACCUCCCAAGGUGUGUGAACCUUAGAGCAUUAUAUAAAUAUUAGCUCAAAUUAAGUCUGUUAAUAAUAUUUAAAGCAAUGAUCGUAUAAUUAUUAUUACUAUUAACUAACAAUUUAAAGUGAUAAUCAAACUGCAUUAUUUAUUAUUUUGAUUAUUAAAUUGUUAAUUAACUCAUUAAUAUAACUAUUGAUAUAGCAAUAUAUCAUUGCACUAUUAUUAAAUAUAAAUGGAUAUAUAAAUAUAAGUUGAUUUGAAAUGGUAGAUAUCUUGAAGGGAACCAGUUAAAAAAGGGAAGUGCACCCAUUAGGGAAAGCACCGAUUUACUUCUCGGGAAAUAUUCAGCCUGAAGCUAUCUGGAAUCAAGGAAGGGAAGGCUAACGUUCUCACCACGAUCUGCUUUGCCACAUGAAGAAACAAUUAUUUGCAAGUCAUGGAGCCAGGCUGGAGAACAAUCGAGAAAUCUGACCCUAGUCCAGCCUGCGGCGUCCCUGGUCCAAUAAAAACAACCCUCAGCCCUCCCCACCAAAACACAGUGUCUGUUUACCCAGAUGGACCGGCCCGCCCGUUGAGCGGUCACUGGGCUUAAUCCAGGGGUACUGAUGCCUGGGAGGAAGAAAUAGAUGUAAAUACCAGAUCAUUUAAGAACUAGAGCAUGCUCGCAACUAGGGUGAUGGCAGGAAAGGCUUCUGGAGGGAGGAAGUGUAUGAUCCCAACCUUAGUCCCUGGAGGGACGCCAGGGCGUCUAAGCUCUUAGCACAAGUUGUAAGUGGCCUGGAAGUGGAAUGAGGAGGCUGUGAAUGCUUUCCUUCAUCUAUUCUGUCUCCCUAGAUUGAAGCAAAAGUCAAGGAAAAGAGAAAGACCGAGCCAGGGACUGAUCUUGUUGAAGAAAGAAGGGCCGUUUCCUAGAGAAACCACAACGACCAAAAUUUUAAUUGAGUAGAAUAUAUGGACUGAGUGAUUCUUCAAAGAGCAGAGGUUACUGAGUGAUGUGGGAUGGAGACGGUGGUGGGAAAACCAGCAAGGUGUAAAUGAAGCUGUUGGGCUCCGAGAUCCCAUUUAUCUCUAUCCAGGAGGCUACGAUUCUGUGUCUCGUUGAAACUUUGCAUUUCUCCCUGCCUGCUAGACCUCUUCACACAGUCAGUACUUUUUCAUGUUUGUAGACUGAAGAUGUGUGCUCUUCCCAGACAAGAAAGCAUGGCAGAAUGUCCAUAGUGUUGGUAAAAUUAGCAUCUUUCCUUCCACUGCCUAGAAGAAAAAGCAAUGAUCAUAAAAUCGUCAUCGUGGCUUCUUCAAGAACAAGGUUCUGAAUCUCUUGGCUGGAGUAACUAGAUCAGCUCAGCAGAAGUGUGAUUCCUGCUCCAAAAUUCAUUGCUGUGAAUUGUUAUUAUUAUUAGUGAAGAUGAAGAUUCUUUCCUGCAGAAGGAUGGGGCAGAACUGGGAGAGAACCAGGAAACUCAUGGAUUGACAGACUUUUUAAGGACUUUUCAAGCAGUGAAUUGCUUGUUUCUGGCUUACAGUUUCAAGAGGGAACAUGGAAGAGACCAAUCUUACUUCAUAUGCUUUCUCUCUAUAUGUGAGACCCUGCUUCUAUUACAGGUGGGGGCGCUUUGGCUCUACCUACACUUUUUUUUUUAAUUUCUUUUUUUCCUGGUUAUAUCUGUACAUUCAUUUUUAAGACACAUUUCCUUAUGAAUCAUGUUGGGGGAAAAAAAAUCAGAACAAAAGGGAAAAAUCAUGAGAGGAAAAAAAACAGAAGAAAAAGAAAAAAAAAGCAAACAUAACUUGUGUUGAUUUACAUUCAGUGUCCAUAAUUCUCCCUCUGGGUGCACAUGACAUUUCCAUCCAGAGUUUACUGGAAUUUCCUUGUAUCACUGAACCGCUGAGGAGAACUGAGUCUUUUAUGAUCGAUCAUCACACAAUCUUGUUAUUAUUGUACAUAAUGUAUUCCUGGUUCUGCUUGUUUCACUCAGGGUCCGUUCAUGUAAAUCUUUGCAGGCCUUUCUAAAAUCAGCUUGUGCAUCACUUUUUAUAGAACAGCAAUAUUCCAUUACUUGCAUAUACCAUAAUUUAUUCAGCCAUUCCCCAUUUGAUGGGCAUCUAUUCAUUUGCUAAUUCUUUGCUACCACAAAAAGAGCCGCUACAAACAUUUUUGCACAUGUUCCGCCUACAUCUUUACAAAGGCUUUGUCAAAGCCUCUUAUGCUCUUCUUAAAAAUGAAAGCUAGACCACAAUGACAGAAUCAGAGCAGGUAUUAAAAUUCUAUUUUCACCAAUUUUAGUGCCCGGAGGGAAAAUCCCCAUCACCCUACUCUUGUUACUGCACUGGCUUCUUCAUUUGUAAAAAUAUUUGAAUGAGGACACAUGCCGAAACAUGCUACCCACCUUUGGAUAGAGAGGGGAAGAACUUACAGUGUAGAUUGGGAUUUUUUUUCCUUCGACUCUAUGUGUUUAUAACAGGGCUUUUGUUUUUCUUUCUAAAUGGGGAAAGGGACUUGGGAGGGAGAAAAGGUAGAGUUUUAUUGAUUGAUAUAUAAAAUUUAAUGAAAUUAACUAGUUUUUUUUUUUCCCAAAAAAGAAAAUUAUCAGAAUCCUUGCUCUUCCACCCUGAUGAGAUGACAAAUGUGCAUGAACCGAUUCUGGUACCUGGAAGCUUGUGUACAGAUGGAUGGUGGGGUACAGAUGGAAGGUAGCAGCACCUUGGGCGAGGGCCCUGAACGCCUCAGAAAGAGGAUCUGAGAUAGAAUCACAGCCGUCCAAUGAUUACCAAUGACCCGCUUGAGCUCCCAUUGCCCUUUGGCCAACAUGGAAGGUAAUUAGGCUGCCAUCUGCUCCCUGGGAGAGCCCCCAGAGCAUGUGGCAGGAAACAAAUAUCUAAGUGUUGGCUAUUGAAAAGAGCCAGCCUGAUUCAGAAAUGGCUUAGGUUUCAGUUUGAAAACAAAAAAGCAGAUUCUAAAGUGACAAGAAUUGGAAAGCCGCUGACAUCUUGGCAGGCUAAGUUACAGGUAUUAAAGGGGAAAAAAGGGGAUUUUUUUUAACAGAUGGAAGACCAGUCUUUUGUAGAGGAAGGGUCUUCUGGAUUUUGAAAAAAAAACCCUUCUUUGGUAAACUCGGGGAACCCCACAACUUGAAUAGGAUCAAAAUAGGUCAUGGCAAUCAAGGCAAAUAAGAAGGCAAAAUGAUGAGACAAGAAAUGAGCUCUUUGUCUCCAGGGAUAGCUAACCUGGAUGGAGGAAUGGUGUGGUACAAAUAAUGUCGAAUUUGGAGCCAGUUCAAGUUCGCAUGUAUAACUUGUCUGACCUUCAAUGAGUUUAUCUCUCGAUAUGGGCUUAAUUUCCUUAUCUGUUAUAAUAAUAACAUAUAAUAUUUAUUAGAGCACUUCAUUGUUAUUUGGAACAACAAUUUUGGUCCCCUUGCUCAAAUUAAUCAUUAUUCAAUUUAUUUUUAUUUGAUGGGUAUCAAUAUUAGUGAAUUAAACAGAACAGGAUUAAUGCUGUUACAAUAAGAGUUAUAAAUAAUUAAUCCAUAUAUUAGUGAUUAUAUUACUUACAUAUUGGCUAAAUUCAUCAUAUUAGUUAGAAAUGUAAUAUAAGGUUCAUUUGCUAGUGCAAUACUCUCAUCCCUAUGAAUCACUACCAUCUACUUCCUUGAGACCUUUGCUUCCAACCCAAUUUCCUUGGACCUUAGGAUAUUAAUGGUCAAACAUAAGGGUCUUAUGACCUGUGGAAAGCCCUGAGAUAAUGUUGAAAGGGACCUUUGGAAAGCCCCUGCUAAGAUGACCUGAAGUUGAUGAUCUGUGGAAGGUCUGUUGACAAAGUGAUUAUAAUUGAUAGACAUUACCUUUAGCCUUCUAUAAGAUUUCCCCACUUCUGGAAUUGACCAAUCAGUGAAUUGGAAUUCCUCUUUCUAUUUUUAGUGCUCUUCCAAGUGUAUAAAAGUAUUUAGCUCUUAAAGGGGGAAGGGGGGGGUCGAUCCCUGAUUGUGAGGAAAAUCUUGGACUCAUUUAAUUAUGCUUGGAGUUCUCAGUGAUUUUUGUUACAGAUUGGAUUUUUUGGGCCCAUGCAUUGUUCAGAUCUGUGAUUCCAUUCAUGUAAAGAACUCUCUAUAUGGAAGUACCAUUUCCCAAAGCAGGCCAAUAAACAAGCAUUUAUUAAGCACCUACUGUGUACUAGGAAUUAGAGAUACAAGGAUAAAAAUAAAUCUCUCCCCACCCUCAAGAUUUAUAUUUGAUUAUAAUCUCUCUGUAACGAUAUAAUGUUCAACAUGCUUAACUUAUAUUGCAUUACUUGCUGACUAAGGGAGGGACGAAGUAGGGAGAGAGAAAAAUAUGGAAUACAAAGUGUUUUUUAAAAUUUUUUUUAUGGUAAUCUUUAUUUUAAGAGACAGUGUAUUAGAGUCAAGAAAUUCUUGCUAUUGGGUAAAUUUAAGUCAUGUCUGAUUCUUCAUGACCUCCUUUUGGGGGUGGAACACAAGGUUUUAUAAGGGUGAAUGUUGAAAACUAUCUUUGCCUCUAUUUUGAAAGAUAAAAAGUUAUUAUAAAAAAAGAAACUAACAUAAUGUUCAAGAGUGGAGAAAGCAAUCCAGAGAUAAGCUGUAAACCCACCUCUAAGUCAUUACCAACUCUAAGGCCAGUCUACUAGCUAAUAGUGACUCAUGAUUUAUACAAGUUGCUGUCUGGUAAUAGAAUAGCAAAAUGAUUGAAAGAUAGCACAGUUUUCAAAAGAAGAAAUUCAAACUAUUAACAACCAUAUGAAAGAAUGUUCCCUCUGAUAAGUAAUAAGAAAAAAAGUAAAAGAACUGCAAGGUUUCAUCUGAAACCGAUAAGAUUGGCAAAGAAAACAGAAGAUAAAAAUGGUGAAUGUUGAAAGGGCUGUGGGAUGUUAGGCAAAGUAGUACGCUAAUGGUUGAACUGUGAAUUUGGGUCCAAUUAUUUUGGGAAAUAAUGUGGGAUAAUGCUAUAAGCCCUCGAAUACUAGGUAUCUUCUGACCCAGUGAAUACACUAUAUGUCAGUCAUAUAUUUCAAUGCCAAAGACAGAGAGAAAGGUACCAUGAUCAAAUGAUAUAACAUACAUAAGGCUGUAACUGAUCCAGAGUUGGUGGUAGUCGUGGGGAUGAAGGGGGACAUUGCUCCCUUGGUGAUGGCUGUGGGGAUAACAGCCUGGGAGUCUUGGGGUUGCCUUUCUCCCGAUAGGAGUUAGUUUUCACUCUUUGUUAAAGGUGGUGACAGACCCUUUCCCCACAAAGAUUAUUUCCCCUUUGAGAUUGUUAGGGGGGGCCAGGCUGGAGGGCUAGGAAGAGACAGUACUGUUGUUCCUAAGACUUCUUGUCUCUAUUUCAUCCUUGUGUUCUCUAUUUAUUGUGUAGUGCAGUGCCUGGCACAUAUAUUUAUGGAACAAAUAUUUGUUGAAUACUUGCUAGUUUGACUGCUAUCAAAGCCGUUUCCUGGCAACUGACCCUGUUUCUUACCAGCCUAAUAAAGUGUUGCAAGAACUGUAGGCUGGCAAUAUGGUGCAGAGCAGAGGACCUUGUUCUCAGAGUUUGGAUUCCAGUCCUGACUUUUCCACAAAAUCAUGGCCUUCAAUUAGGAAAAAAUCUUUAGAUUUUUAGAGAAAAAAAUCUAUCUUUCUAUCUUCCCCUUGGAGGACAGUGGGGUCUCUUUUAUUGAGGAGGUAGUAAGGAAGAGACUAGCUAAGUGACAUGAUCACUUAUCCUAAAGUACCCUAUGAUUUGGACUUUGAAAGCUGUCUAAUCCAAUCCCUUUAAUUUUAUAGAAGGAGAAACUAGGUAGGAUUCAGAAAGAUGUAGUGAUUUGGUCAGCAUCACAGAGAUAAGAAGUAGCAGAGAAGAGAUUUAGAAACUGAGAUUCUGAUUCCAAAUUCAGGACGUUUUCUAUCCAUCAUCCAUUCAGCUUCUGCUUAAAAAUUCCAGUGACUGGGAGCUUACUUUUUUUUUUUUUUAAGACACAGUUUCCUUAUUUUUCCCAGGCUGGAAGUUCAGGGAAUACUCACAGGGCCUCAGUUUCUCUCUUUGUAAGGCGAGACAAGAUGUUGAAAGUCCCUCCCAGCUCUAAGAAUCCAAGAAUGGGAGGGUCAGGGAAAAUCACAGGUUAAGUUAUAAAAUAGAAAGGCUUUGAUGUAAAGUAGGAAGGGCAUGUGGUGGGUAAAUUGAGCCAAGUUACAAGAACACCUAAGGGAAAAACCUGCCCUAUUCGGCCUUGGAUGCAGCUGUACCAACUGGGUUGAUAAUGGGACUAGCAGGUGGUAGCCAGGUGAAACACCAAGCAUUUGUUUUUUAUUGUUUUUUGUUGUUGUUUUCCACUUAAUAGUAUUUUUUCCACUCACAUGUAAAAAUAGUUUUCAUUUUUAUAAGAUUUUGAGUUCCAGAUUUUUCUUCCUACCUCCCUUCCUUCCCCCUUCCCCGAGACAGCAAGCAAUCUGAUAUGGGUUAUACAUGUACAAUCACGUUAAACAUAUUUUCACGUUGUGAAAGAAAAAUCAGAACAAAAGGGAAAAAUCACAAGUAAGAAAAAACAAAUAAGAAGGGAACACACUAUGCUUCAAUCUGCAUUCAGUUUCCAUAGUUCUUUCUCUGGAUGUGGGUACGUCAAGCCAUUUGAAUGGAGAAGGAAAGAGGAAGUGACCCAAAAUUUCUGAGAUGUGACCUUGUGACCGAGGGCAGCCAUUAUAGGAUUUCAUUAUCAUCAUAGGAUUUGGGUUUAUUGGAGGAGACUUUGAUCUAAGAGGACUUUAGAGCCCAUCUAGUUGAGCUCCUCAGUUAUAAAACUGUGAGGAAACUGAGAUCCAGUGAAGUGAUAGAACUUGGCUAAGGAGUGCUUUUGCUUUGCAUGAUUAUGCACAGUACUUGGUUCCUUGGGAGUUAUAACAGAGAGAAGAGACAGUUUCGGUGUUAAAUGUCUUGUCUGCCCCCCUAUUCCCCCCGCCAGGGAGACCAACCACUUAUGCGGUUAUCUUGGCUGAAGCUACCCCAGGAUUCACUGUGUGAGCUCUUCUGCAUUCUGUUGUAAGCGUUUUGAGGAUAGGAACUGACUUUUGCCUCUUUUUGUGUCCCCAGAACUCAACACAGCACCUAGUAGUCACUUAAUAAAUGUUGAUUGAUUAUUGAUUGUGUUACAAGAGGUGACUCUUGGUUCUCUAGAGCCACUUCCAUUCUAGUAGUCCCUACCAAGCUUGAAAGUAAAAGUGUCUGUGAUAGAGACAGAGAGAGAGAGACAGUGAGAGAAAGAGACAGACAGACAACAAGAGAGAGGGGUGGGGGAAGGAGAGGAGGGAGGGAUGGAGAGAGAGAGAGAAAGGGGGGAAGGAAGGAGAGAUGGAGAGAAAGAGACAGAGAGGGAGAGAGAGAGAGAGAAGGAAGGAAGGAAAGGAGAGGGGGAGAGGGAGGAGAGAAGCAGAAAAAAAAUAGGUGGAGAAAAUAGAGAAGAAAGAAAAAAGGAAAGAAAGAAAAGACUGCCAUUAAACCCUCUUAUAAAAAUGCCUAGAAGGAAUAUCUAACAAGUAGGAGAGCUAUAAAAACUAAAUGUUGAAUUUGUUUAUAUUGAAAUAUAUGUUUUGCUCUUAUUGUUCACUCAUUUCAGUUGUGUCCAACUCUUUGUUGACCCCAUUUUGGGUUUUCUUGGCAAAGAUUUUGGAGUGGUUUGCUAUUCCCUUCUACAGCUCAUUUUACUUUUUUUUUUUUUUUUUUAAUAACUUUUUAUUGAUAGAACCCAUGCCAGGGUAAUUUUUUUUUACAGCAUUAUCCCUUGCAUUCACUUCUGUUCCAAUUUUUCCCCUCCCUCCCUCCACCCCCUCCCCCAGAUGGCAAGCAGUCCUUUACAUGUUGAAUAGGUUACAGUAUAUCCUAGAUACUAUAUAUGUGUGCAGAACCAAACAGUUUUCUUGUUGCACGGGGAGAACUGGAUUCAGAAGGUAGAAAUAACCCGGGAAGAAAAACAAAAAUGCGAGCAGUUUAUAUUCAUUUCCCAGUGUUCUUUCUUUGGGUGUAGCUGCUUCUGCCCAUCUUUGAUCCAUUGAAACUGAAUUAGUUCUCUUUAUCGAAGAGAUCCACUUCCAUCAGAAUACAUCCUCAAACAGUAUCGUUGUUGAGGUAUAUAAUGAUCUCCUGGUUCUGCUCAUUUCACUCAGCAUCAGUUCAUGUAAGUCUCGCCAGUCCUCUCUGUAUUCAUCCUGCUGGUCAUUCCUUACAGAACAAUAAUAUUCCAUAACGUUCAUAUACCACAAUUUACUCAACCAUUCUCCAAUUGAUGGGCAUCCAUUCAUUUUCCAGCUUCUAGCCACUACAAACAGGGCUGCCACAAACAUUUUGGCACAUACAGGUUCCUUUCCCUUCUUUAGUAUCUCUUUGGGGUAUCAAAGGGUAUGCACAGUUUGAUAACUUUUUGAGCAUAGUUUCAAAUUGUCUACAGCUCAUUUUACAUAUGAGUAAACUGAGACAAAGUUAAGUGACUAUUUCAGGAUCACUUAGCUAGUCUGAAGCCACAUUUGAAGUCAUGAAAAUGAGUCUUCUUAACUCCAAGCCCAGUGCUCUAUCUGCUGUGCUCCCUAGAUGCCUAUAUUUACUUGUUACAUAUGCUUAUUUAUGUUUAUUAUAUAUUCAUAUAUUUAUCACAUUGAAUUUUUUAAAGCAGGCUGUAUGUAAAAGAGAACCACAGUCCUCUCCUUUUUCUGUCACAUUAUGUGGAAAUGCUCAUUUCAUUUGGUUGUUGUUCAUGUUGAUUGUUGGUUUAAUGUUUGUUGAUCGACCCACUGUCACCCUGAACCCUCACCUUCUCCAACUGAGCAGCUGCAAUUCCUUUGACCCAUCGUCAUCUGGCAAGGACUCCCAGCCCUCCAAAAGCACAGUUGCCAACCUCCUUUAAAGGCUCUCUAGUUUAUCAAUGUCUCUUUUCACGUGUGGUGCCCAGAACGGAAUCCUACGCUUUGUGAGCUGCCUCAUAUUUUGUUACAGAUCCCUUUUCUUCUCACCUGGAACGUUAGGCUAAUCCUCCCAUAGUACCUACCUCUCAGGAUUGUUGUGAGGAUCAGUGGGAUAAUGGACCAAGGUCAUACCCAGCUAUUGCCCCCCCCCCCCCCCCCCCCCCCCCCCCCCCCCCCCCCGGAGAAAGUAGAUUAGCUUCCACUUCCUUUUCUGUCCCCUGGACUAGGUGCAAAUCCCCUUAGAAUUUUCCUCCUUCCUGAUUGCUAGAACAGAUAAAGCAGUUUCCCUUAAUUUUUCCUUUUUACUACAAACUUAACCUUCAUGAAUAAACAGACAUUUCAACAAAGUGAAUGAUAUGUAAAACCAUGAAUCUGUUAUGUAUACUUUUUUUUUUUAAAUGAGGCAAUUGGAUUCAAGUGACUUGUCCAGAGUCACACAGCUAGUACGUGUUAAGUGUCUUGGUCAGUUUUAACUCAGGUCCAGUGCUCUAUCUGGAGGGCCCUUAGCUGCCCCUGGGUAUACUUUUUUUUUUAAGUAUAUUAAAUUGAACAGAACAGUCACAAAA